AUGUCAGAGACAAAAGAAACUCCUUGGGAAAGCGUGAGCGCCCACGCGGGGGAAAAGGAUGAGAAUUAUUCCAACGUUGCAAGCCUUCUGCCGACUCACACGCCUAGACGCCGCAACCAGCCACCCAACGCUGAUGGCCGCAGCAAACCGUCUGGGGUCACUCGCUGCGGCCUGCAAAUCUUAACGCCAGAGCUACGGCCUUCCUGCGACAAGUCGGCGAACAUGGUAUGA